AUGGGCUCAUUCUCGAACGUCUCGGCCGCGAUCCGAGUCGCUUCAGUGCUUCUCAUCCUCGGCGCUCUCCUCCUCACCUUCCACUGGCUCGGUGACUCGGGGUUCAGGGAGCCACCACAGCACCAUCUGCAGACUCCCCCUGGAGGAGCGCCUGGCCAUCGACCACCACCCGUUCAUGGUGGUCCACCACCGCCUAUCCCGCAGGACAAGCCGCAGGGUGAUGCACAGCUCGGGGAAUCUGACAACGCCAAGGAUGGGGCCACUAAGAGUGGGAAGCCAUCUGAGAAGCCAUCCGUCGUGAAGCCAGCGGUUGAGAGUCCCGUUGAGCCUCCCCCUGAGCUUUCCGAGGUCCCCUCGAGCUUCGCAGAUGAUGUCCAGCCCCCCAGCAAUACCAGGACGGACUCUUGGCACCCCCUUCCGGGAGACUGCGGCAGCUACUCCCAGCGCGCGAAGGUUGCCCAGAAGCCGUUGUCCAAGGGACGAUUCCAGCUCGGAUACCAGCGUCCGCCGCCAGCCUGUCGCUCCUUCAACUCGUCGCUGGCCGAAAAGACAGUUACGCGCAUGAAGGAUGUCAUCUCGGACCCGGACCUCUACCGCAUCUUUGAAAACACCUUCCCCAACACCAUCGAUACCGCCAUCAAAUGGAAGGGUGUUGCUGCAAACAACUCCCAGGAGGAGCUGUGCUUCGUAAUCACCGGCGAUAUUGACGCCAUGUGGCUCCGCGACUCGGCAAAUCAACUACAAGUCUAUCGCGACAUCAUGACGUCCCCCAAGGACGACAUCGCGAGCCUUUUCCGCGGCGCCAUUAACCUGCAAGCUCGCUACAUCGUCGUACACCCUUACUGCAACGCGUUCCAGGCCCCUCCAGAGUCUGGCAUCCCUACCGGUGUCGGAAGCGGGGGUUCAACCGUCUUCCCACCCAUCGAUACGAGCGUCGUAUCCACGUGCAACUUCGAGCUAGACUCCUUUGGCGCGUUCUUGCAGCUUUCUCACGACUAUUACACGGCCACGGAUGACGCCGAGUUCUUUGGGAAAUUCCAAUGGGUCUACGCCGUGCAAUCCAUGCUCAAGGCGGCGAAGGACAUGAUGGCGCCGACCUACGACGACGAUGGAAAGCGUUUGAAACCGCCGUAUACCUUCUCAUCUUACACCCGCACCAUGACGUCGACUCUCAACCUCGUGGGAACCGGAAACCCAGUUUCGCGAACGGGCAUGGUCCGCUCUCCCUUCCGACCUAGUGACGAUACCUCCGUAUUCGAGUUCCUCGUUCCCGCCAACAUGAUGUUUUCGCGCUACCUCAACGACACAGCCGCAAUCAUGGAUCAAAUCUCAAAGGCCCCAUCCGGCCUCGCUGACGAGAUGCGGGACCUUGCUACCGAAAUCCGAGAGGCUAUCCAAGAGCACGCUAUCAUUAAAGGUCCCGAAGGCGAGCUCAUGUACGCGUACGAAGUCGAUGGCUUCGGCGGACAAAACCUCAUGGACGAUGCCAACGUCCCUUCGCUUCUCUCUGCGCCAUUCAUCGGAUAUCUGGAAAUGGACGACGAGGUAUACCGAAAUACGAGAGAAUUUAUCCUCAGCGGAAAGAAUCCGUGGUAUGCUCGCGGACCUGUGAUUAAUGCCGUUGGGAGCCCACAUAUCAAGCCCGGAGAUGAGCAGGCCUUGGCGGAGCUGGUUUCGAGUACGGAUGGCUUGGGGCUGAUGCAUGAGAGCAUCAACAGCCUUAGCGCGGCUGAGUGGACGCGAGAAUGGUUCUCGUGGGCCAAUGGCUUGUUUGGGCAGAUGAUCUUGGAUCUCGAGGAGCGCAAGCCGCAUAUCCUCAAGAAGUCGUUUCAGGCGUAUCCCGUGGGCGGAGAGGAGGAAUAA